CCGGGGCUGCGCCGGCGCGGCAGGGCCGGGCUGGGAGCGCCAUGGCGGCGGCGGCGGCAGCGUGCGGCGGGGAGGCGGCGGCGCGGCCCCCCCUGGCCUUCUCCCCCUGCGACCGCCGGCUGCUGGCCGUCAGCGGCUCGGACGGCAGGCUGCGCGUCUGGGAGGCGGCCGGCAGCCGCCUGCGGCACGAGUACGUGCCCUCCGCCCACCUCAGCGCCGCCUGCACCUGCCUGGCCUGGGCCCCGCCGGGGGGGCGCCCGCCCCCCGACAAGGAUGGGCCCCAGAGGAAAAAACGGAAGUCUGAAGCUGCAGAAGUGGACAAGCAGUUAGAUAUCCUGGCUAUUGGCACAGCAGUUGGUAGCAUUUUGUUGUACAGCACAGUUAAAGGAGAGUUACAGAGCAAGCUAGAUGGUGGUCAUGACAAUAGAAUAAAUUGUGUGAGGUGGCAUCAGGACAACUACUGUUUGUAUAGCUGUUCAGAGGACAAACACAUUGUGGAAUGGAACACACAGACCUGCAAAGUAAAGUGUAAGUGGAAAGGCGACAAUAGCAGUGUCAGCUCUUUGUGCAUCAGUCCAGAUGGGAAAAUGCUGCUGUCAGCUGGUAGAACUAUAAAACUGUGGGACCUGGAGACCAAAGAAGUCUACAGACAUUUCACAGGCCAUGCCACAUCAGUGUCAUCAUUAAUGUUUACUACAGUGAAGCCUAUGAAUGAAAAUAAGUCCUUUGAUGGAAUUACAGGGCUUUAUUUCUUGUCUGGAGCUAUACAUGACCGGUUACUGAGCGUAUGGCAGAUCAGAUCAGAUAGGAAAGAAAAGAAUGCUGUGAUGUCUUUCACAGUAACAGAUGAACCAACUUUUAUUGACCUGACUGUUUCAGAAGUCAAAGAAGAGCCUGUGAAGUUAGCAGUUGUGUGCAGAGAUGGGCAGUUGCAUUUAUUUGAACACAUUUUAAAUGGUUACUGCAAAAAACCCUUAACAUCAAACUGUACCAUCCAGGUAGCAACACCUGGAAAUGACGGGGACUCCACGCCAAAACCAGUCCCUAUUCUAGCAGCUGCAUUUUGCACAGACAAACAGUCUCUGCUGCUUGUGUAUGGAAACACCUUACAGCCCAUCAUAGAGAGAGUGUCUUUGAACACCUCCGAAUCCCACAUAUGUUUGAUAAGGGAUGUCCAGAAAGUGUUGGCACUUAAAACAGAUGUUGCUGUGACAAAGGUAAAGACGCCAGUUGUGAACUCAGACACCAAAGUUCUAGUGCCUGGCAUCCCAGGACAUAGUGCAGCUGUUAAAACUCCAUCCUCAGGAAAGGAGAAAAAUAAAAGCAAGAGGAAACCAGGAGAGACAGAGGACAGCAUUGAAGAGCGCCUGGGGGCAUUGGAUAUCGACGUGAGCAAAGUGAAAACUCCAGGUGGCCUUCCGCAAACAGAUAGCUUUGCAGUACUUUUGGUUCAGGGCUUGGAAAGCAAUGAUUCAGACAUCUUAAAUAAAGUGCUUAACACAAGAAAGGAAGCUUUAAUAAAGAACACAGUAGCCAGGAUGCCUAUACAUGCUGUCAUUCCACUGCUGCAUGAGCUUACAAAGAGAUUGCAAGGCAACCCAUACAGUGCCUCACAAAUGGUUCGAUGGCUGAAGUCUGUUUUUACUCUACAUGCAUCCUACCUUUCCACAUUGCCAGACCUUAUUCCUCAGCUGGGAAUGCUAUACCAGUUAAUGGAGAGCAGAGUAAAAACUCUGCAAAAGCUUUCCCGUCUACAUGGAAGACUCUUCCUUCUUGUCACCCAGGUUGCAGCAUCGGAAACAGUUCAGGAUGUAACUGAAGUUAACCAGACUGCAAAGCUGGUAUAUGAGGACGAAUCCUCAGAAGAGGAAGGUUCAGAUGAUGAGAUGAUUGCAGACAAAGACUCAGAUGAAAACUGGGAUGAAGAUGAAGAAAAAGAGGAGCGAUCAGAUGAGCAAGACAUGACUGUUGAAAAGGAAAUCAAUGGUGAUUCUGAUUUGGAACCAGAAAAUGAAAGUGAAGAAGAAUAACAGCAUAAAAGAAUAAACAGUUUAAACAAGUGGGCCACCAGAACUUUACAAUUCUGGAUCAUCUUGCUGAAAGAUGCCAUAUUUGCAUAUAGGGAGUGCAGACUCGUGCACAGCCUAUGUGCAGAGGCACAUGUGGGGCACUGUGCAUUUCUGAAUCCAGAAUGUUUAACCACGCCAGCCUUUUCUCGCCCUAUUUCCCUGCGCUUACUAUAGAAACAUUUCUUCCACCUCAUGUUCAGAUUAUGCCUGUCACGUGGACAUGCAUUUGUAUCUCAAGUGAAAUAAAUCUGCCACCGCUGUUUGUGUGGUAAACUUG